AUGCGCAACGCACCAUAUCAUAGCGUACAAGAAAAUAAAGUCCCCACGAAGUCCUGCACCAAACCGGUAAUGUUGGAAUGGUUAAACAAAAAUAAUGCGGAAGCGUCACUUACAAUGAGAAAAUAUGAGCUCUUUCAUUUAAUUGAGUUGCAUAAACCUACUGAAAAGACUUUCAAAAUUGACGAAUUCAUCAGGAGUCAUGGCCAUGUCGUAGUGAGACUACCGCCGUACAUGUGCGAUCUCAACCCAAUUGAGUUGGCUUGGGCAAAAUUAAAAAGCAUAGUAAGACAACACAAUGUCAAUUCCGAUUUAUCUUUAAAAAGAUUAAAAGAAGUUACGGAACUGGCACUUGGUCAGAUUUCAGAGGAAGAUUGGCGUGGCUUUGAUGAUCACGUAAUUAUUUUAGAAGAAAAUUAUUGGCUAAGAGAUGCAUUAAUUGAAGAUACUAUAGAUCAAUUCGUGAUUGAGGUCAGCGAAGGCGAUAAUAGCGACUCCGAUUCUGACCUGACUGUUAUUUUAGAAUCAAAUGAUGAUUAA